GGCCUCGUGACCACUGCUCCACAGUGACUGGGCUCACUGGGCUCUUGUGAUAUGUCGGAUGAUUUCGAUGUUCGAUAGCAUUGAAUCCACACUGGAAUAGGGUAGAAAAUUUCGUUCUUUAUACUAGAUUUUCUGGAGACGUUAAAUAUUGGGGAGAAUGGCUGGCAAUUUAUUACGUUUUGUCGAUAAAGUUGUUCUUAUUACUGGAGCAGGCCGUGGUCUUGGUAGAGAAUAUGCACUGGCGUUUGCUGAUCGUGGAGCUCAGGUGGUUGUUAACGACUUAGGUAGUAAUGAGAAAGGAGAAGGAAAAAGCAGUUCUUCAGCCGAUGAGGUCGUCGAAAAGAUCACGAAAGCAGGAGGAAAAGCGAUUGCCAAUUAUGAAUCUGUUGAAAACGGUGAAGAAUUAGUGAGACAAGUUAUAGAAGCGUUAGGUCGAAUUGAUAUUUUGAUCAAUAAUGCCGGAAUUUUACGAGAUAAAUCAUUUCGUAAAAUGACUAUCACUGAGUGGGAUUUGGUACAUCGUGUUCACUUAAGGGGGGCAUUCUUAGUUACAAAAGCAGCUUGGCCUCAUAUGCAAAAACAGGGAUAUGGACAUAUCAUUAUGAUUUCCUCAGGAACCGGUCUCUUUGGUAGAUAUGGGCAAGCGAAUUAUGCUGCUGCAAAAAUUGGCCUGUAUGGCCUUUGCCAAACUCUUGCUUUAGAAGGUGAGCAAUACAAUAUCAGAUGUAACACAAUAGUGCCACUUGCAGAUUCACGACUUACACAAGGAGUGAUAGCAGAUGAAGUACGGAAGAUGUUGCCACCUAAAGUUGUGGCACCCUUUCUGUUGUACCUAUGUCACAAGUCUUGUGCUGAGAGUGGUAAAAUUUUCUAUAUUGCCGGUGGGGGAGCUGCCAUGUUACGUUGGCAGCAGUCUGGAAGUUUAAAUCUUUCAAGUGGUGAUAAAGUUAUCACUCCAGAACUUGUGCGGGAUAAUUGGAGUAAGUUAAAAGAUUGGUCAAAUGCCUCUUAUCCAAAAUCUGAUCCAGAGAGCUUGUCGUCUUUGCUGUCUACUGCAAAACCCCCAGGUGGAGGUUCUGAGAUGACCAAUGCAAGUGAAGAGUUUAAGUAUACCUUCAAAGAUGUCAUAAGGUAUGCAUUGGGCAUUGGUGUUAAAGUGAAGGAAGAUGGAUCUCACAUGAAAUUUCUUUAUGAAGGCAAUGAGGAUUUUAGUGUAAUCCCGACUUUUGCUGUUUUGCCUGCCCAGAUAUCUAUGAUGUCAAACUCUGCUCUUAUUAAAGAAAAUGUUGGAAUAGAUUUCAAUCCUGCAAAGGCAGUUCAUGGCGAGCAGUAUCUUGAAUUGUAUCGUCCAAUACCACCAAACGGGAGUUUGAAAAAUGAAAUAACUCUAGUAGAUGUACUUGAUAAGAAAUCUGGAGCAGUGAUUAUUGUCAAUGCUACAUGUUCUGAUGAGAAAGGCCCAAUAUGUUUUAACCAGUUUGUGACAUUCUGCAUCGGAGCCGGUGGUUUUGGUGGUAAAAGCCAUUCAAAUGAAAUUAAGCCCAUUGCGAAGCCACCAAACAGACCUCCCGAUGUUGUUGAAAUUGAAAAAACUGAUGAAAGUCAAGCUGCACUGUAUCGUUUAUCUGGUGACUUUAACCCCUUACAUAUUGAUCCAAAUUUUGCACAAAUGGGAGGUUUUAAUGCCCCAAUACUUCAUGGUCUUUGCUUUUUGGGUAUUGCAACGCGAGCAGUUCUCAAGCAUUUUUGCGACAAUAAUGUUGAUCUGUUCAAAGCCAUCAAAGCUCGCUUUUCGAAACCGGUCAUUCCUGGUCAAAGUAUUCGGGUUGAAAUGUGGAAGGGCGGAAACAACCGAAUCUUUGUGCAAUGCAAGGUUGUUGAAACUGGUGAUGUUGUAUUGUCAGGAGCGUAUGUUGAUCUUCACAGCAGAGCAAGUACAAAUAAGGAAGUUGAAAAAAUGAAGCAAAGUUCCACAAUGCUUCCCGGAAAGCCUACAGUUGUGAAAAAACCCGACCUUCAGGCACGCGGUAUUUUUGAUGAGCUGGCAAAGCGACUUGUUUCCAUGCCUCAUUUGAGUAAAAAGAUAAAAGCUACCUACCUAUGGAAGAUCACAAAAGACGGCAAGAUCGCUGGUCAAUGGUUCUUAGAUUUGAAAAAUGGCAGUGGGUCCAUCACCGCGGGAGAAUCUGAAAAAAAACCUGAUUGUACCAUAACAAUAGCAGAUGAUGAUUUGGUGAAAAUCAUGGAGGGAAAAGCCAAUCCACAGCAGUUGUUUAUGAGUGGUAAACUUAAAGUUGGAGGAAAUAUCUUACUUUCCGCGAAACUUGGCGAUCUUUUGAAAUCACAAGCGAAACUUUAAUCAUUUACGUUCUUAUUUCAUUAUUAACAUGAUAAUUUUUCUUAGAAAAAAUGAGUUAAGCCAAAAACCGUUUGAAAAUUAAAGCUUGGUAAAAUAAUUGUACGAAAAUAAGUGGAAUACGUUUUUGGGCUUGUUAGAAAAGCAACGCUUCAGAAUUUUCUUUAAAUUUAUCUUGUGUAAUCAAACUUAAUAGCUUGAAGUAAAAUAUAUAUAAAUAUGGUAUGACGCUGUGGUAAAUAAACAAUUUAUCGGCUAAAAGAAAA